AUGGAAGAAGGAAAGUUUUUGGGUUUCAUAGUCACAAAAGACGGUUUUAAGGUUAAUCCAGAGAAGGUGCAGACCAUUCAGCUAAUGCCAUCACCGGCAACAGUCAAGGAAAUGCAAAGACUCGCCGGACGAUUAGCAGCUCUGAAUAGAUUUUUGGCCAAUCAUGCGGCAAAAUCUUAUCCAUUUAUCAGUACGCUGCGAAACUGCGGAAAGAAAACUCCCUUUCAAUGGACACCUGAAGCGGAAGCAGCAUUCAAGCAAAUGAAAGAAUAUUUAAUCCAAUUACCAACGCUGACUGCGCCAAAAGAAAAAGAACCAUUAAUCUUAUAUCUGUUAGCCGCGGAGGUAGCAGUAGGCGCAGUACUAAUGGUAGAACGGGAAAAUAUCCAGACUCCAAUCUACUACAUCAGCAAAAUGCUCACCGGCCCUGAAACUCGUUACUCAAUGAUAGAAAAACUAGUUCUAGCGCUAGUACACGCAUCCAGGCGUUUGCGCAUGUAUUUUUCAGGCCAUGUCAUAAUCACAGUACUGACAAAUUAUCAUUUGGGCCAAAUCUUGUCAAAACCCGACAUAGCGGGGAGAUUAGCUAAAUGGGCCAUCGAACUAGGAGGCUACAACAUUUUUUACAAACCAAGACCAGCAAUCAAAGGGCAGGUUCUAGCAGACUUCGCCACCGAAGUUCCCAUUGAUAAAGUACAAGAAUGUGAGGCAAUCCAGAACCCGACGACUGUUUUUGACGACAGAGUCUGGACCUUACACACUGAUGGUGCUUCCAAUGACGACGGAGCAGGAGCAGGUCUCCGAUUAGUCAGCCCGGAUAAUCACGAACUCACAUAUGCUAUCCGCUUAGAUUUCCAAAGUACCAACAAUGAAUCGGAAUACGAAGCAUUUUUAGCAGGUCUUCGUCUAGCACUCAAAAUGGGAGCAAAAAACCUUGAAGCUAACGUCGACUCAAAACUAGUAGCUGAACAAGUUAACGGCCGUUAUGACGCGAAGGGCGAGGCUAUGACGUUGUACCUUGAACAAGCACGGAUGUUAAUCAAUCAAUUUCAGACGUUCAAAGUCAAUCACAUAAACAGAAGCGAGAACAAACAUGCUGACGCACUAAGCAAAUUAGCUGCUACUAGCUUUAAACACUUAGCAAAAGAAGUGCGCAUAGAGGUACUAUCCAAUCCUUCCAUUCACCUGAAACAAGUAUGCGUCAUAGAGAUGGGAAAUCCGUCCUGGAUGUCUCCAAUUAUUUUAUCUUCAACACGGGAAGCUCCCGGAAGGAAAGGCAGAAGCCCGAAAAAUACAACACAAAGCAAUAAACUACGAGAUGGCGGAUGGCGUCCUUUAUCGGAAAUCAUUCAUGGGUCCAUUACUACGUUGUGUUGA